AUGGACCAUUUUAUUGAAGAGUUGCCCUCUCCUUCUCCUCAGCCGCAUGGCAAAACGAAACGUUCAAAGAUAUCUUCAUCACCAUUACCACUUCGGACGCACAGAGAACCAUCAACGACCUCAUCGCGUACCUGGGGAUUUUUAGAUCCUUUGAUUUCUCUUGUAUUACCAUCAUCCGAUUCGAAUCGGAAUAAAAAGCCAACGUCCAUUGCUUUUGAUGAGGAAUCAAAUGAUGAGAUGGACGAGCUGUUACAUGAGGAUGCUCAUGGUCGUGGCGGUGAUUCAGCAUUUUCGGAUGACAUUGAACUUAGAGAACACUCUCAAGAGGAUAUGUCUCCCUCUACUUCCCAACGGAUUAACAUUUUCAAUCAUCAUGUGUUGUAUUCAAUCUAUGGAUUUAAUAUUGAUCCUACCUUCAUGUCAAAUUACGUGACUCACUCGGAAUGGGAGAAAAUUCCUCAAGAUGUAUUUUUAAUUAUAUUUUCGUUUCUUCCUUAUGAAUCGUUAAUUGUAUCAGUUUCUCAAGUCUGCAAAGAAUGGUUUUAUUUGUCACAAAAGAAUAUUCUAUGGGAGAAGUUUUUUGUGUUCACAUUAUUCCCUUCGAAACAUUCAAGAUUUAUUUUCUCUUCUUUUCAGGACUCAAAAUCUAUCCCACAAGUUGAAAAGAGUGAAAACUUGCUCGAAUCCAUUCAAAAUAGAUUUUUCAUUCCCCUCUUUGAUCCAAAUCCAAAUAAUAACAUCUCAGAGGACCAUGAAGGUGAUAUCGAAGAAGAAAAGAGGAUGCACAUCAAAAACAGUAUCGAAAAGGAGAUUGUCGAAGAUCUUGAAGACAAAUUUAUGGAAAAUAAUUUUAGUGUCAAAUCACUCGUUGGACCUAAUUACGAUAAUGAGCUUCCAAACAAUCAGAGCCAUAGCGACUUUUAUAAUCUAUUACACGCUUCUUACAUUUGCUCCUUUUACAAGUUGUGCUUUCAAAAACUUAAUAAUUUUGUCUCCACUGCUACAAAACAAUUGGAGUCACAUCAGCAGAAAAAGCAAAAUUUAGAAACCUUGUACGAUAUGUGCCACAAUACCCAAUACUACUUUACAUUUUACUUUGGUGUUCCACUGUGUGCCAUUUCCACUACUCUAUGUCUUGCUCUUCAACUAUUUAAAAUGAAUAUUCCAGAAUUGAAUGUUGACAAGGACAACCCAAACGCAAUUGAUGGAUGGUGGAUGAUUGUAUUUGCAUUUCUGUACAUGCCAUUAUUUUGUGGUAUUAUAAUAUUGUUCCAACAAUUUAUCAAGACUUUUCUGAGAUUCAAGUUGAAAUCAAGGCAAACCGUUCAGGGAAUAUUUCUUGUCGUCAUUGCCUUAAUUUUCAUGUUGGGACUUACAGGAUUCUUUUUCAUGGUAAAUUUGUCAUGUGUUUUCCCACUUCCACCCAAGUAUCUCGCUCCAGACGCUCCCGACACUGAAUUUAUUCGAUUUUAUGGAUUUAGAAAAAUUGUGAAUAACUAUAGUUUUAUCAUGUCUCCAUUCUUAAUUGCAUUCGUUCUAAUUACGUUUGUAUCAUGGUUGUCUCAAACCAUUACCAUCUAUGCGGCAUUUAAUGCCAACAGAAGACUCUUAAUUAUUAGAAAUGUUAUUAACAGUGCCAUUCAUUUGUUUUUCUUGAUACUUGUUGCAGGCUCGUUUGCUCUGUUGCAUUUUAGUCAAAAAGCAGAUUCAUCACCUGAAACUGAAGAAGAAUUGACACAAACUAUAUCCUACAUCUUGAUUGGAAUGCAUGUACUAAUUGCGAUUAUGCACCUUGCGACUUGUAUCAUGUUUGGAUUUAUCUUAAAGAGAUUCUGUACCUUCUUCACUCCUGCACCAAAACAACCUAAAAUGAAAAAGCUUGCUGUUGGAUUGAUGAUUUGUGUUGUCAUAAUUUUGCUAUGUAGCUUGGCAGUAGAAGUAGUUCUGGGUAUUAACUACAAGUGGAUAUCUGCGCCUUUGCUCCCAGCCCCAACAAUAAUGGCCAUAUCGUUUUAUAUUAUCGCAGCCAUGUAUAAGCUUUGGAUCUCUUAA